AUGAGCGAUCCCGCCUCGAGGUCCCGCCACCAGCUCGCGGCGCCGGCCCAGGUACCUCCCUGGCUGGAAACUCCCCCCGAUCGGGCUCACCUCUCGCUUGAACGCCAAGUCGCUCCCGUCGUCAUUUCGAUCCGUUCGUCAUUUCCGCCGUCCGCCGAGAAAGACGUUCAGGGUAGCUUCGGCCAGAGCAAGCAGCAGGCCGACGCCGGUGGACGAUCCCCAGCCCAGGUCAGUCAGCGCGCCGCAUCCGGUCUCGCACACAUGGCCUGGCCGAAUCAAAUGCCGACGGGACCAGGCGCAGGAAUGACUGCUGCUGCUGCUCGCUGCUUCGCUCUCCACGUUGUGUGAUGCACAAAAGUCAAAAAGGUCCCUCGCCAGACGAGGAUUAGCACAUUACCUACCAAUUACACAACGCCCGCCCGGCUCCCCACUCCCCACCCCGUGUGGGCACGCGCCCAGGGAGGUCGGGUCCAGC